AUGAAAAUUGAAGAAGAAUUAAGAGCCAUGCAAAAAUUAUAUGCUGAGACUCCAAUUAGUAGUUCGGGUAUGGUGAACCCAAAUGCUAAUAACAACAAUAAUCCAAAUACAAAUAAUGGAAAUAUGAGCCCAAUGACUCCUACUUAUACCAUGAAUACUAUGGGUAUGACAGGAAUGUCGUCGGUAUCUCCACAAGGAAACGGUAGUGGUUCCUUUGGUAAUGGAGUUUUAACAGCCUCCAAUAUGGGCGCAAUGAGUUCUGCAAUGAAUGCAAUGAAUGGAAAUUGUUUAACAUCAACGCCUAUCGGUUAUGGUUCUAUGGGAUCCCCAUUAGGAAAUAUGGGAUCUUGUAUGGGCGCAGGGAUGGGAACUUCAAUGGCUUCAAUGUCUCAAUAUACAACGAUGGGAAGAGGGGAUUUGCAAGAACCCGGAUCACCAAAUUCAGCUGUCUUACAACGAGCGCGAGCAGAAAAACCAACAACAUACCGACGCAGUUACACUCAUGCAAAGCCACCAUACAGUUAUAUUAGUCUCAUAACGAUGGCAAUACAGAACAAUCCACACAAGAUGCUGACGUUGGCUGAAAUUUAUCAAUUCAUUAUGGAUCUUUUUCCAUUUUAUCGACAAAACCAGCAACGGUGGCAAAACUCAAUUCGUCAUUCGUUGAGUUUUAAUGACUGUUUUGUGAAGGUUCCACGAACGCCUGAUAAGCCUGGUAAAGGGUCAUUUUGGACAUUACAUCCUGAUUCUGGUAAUAUGUUUGAGAAUGGUUGUUAUUUGAGAAGGCAGAAACGCUUUAAAGAUGAUAAAAAAGAAGCAGUUAGACAAAUGCAUAAAAGCCCUUCGCAUAGCAUUGAGAAUCAUAGUCCUCAAGGAAAAAAAGAUCUACAUGACGAACAUCAUCAUCGAGAUCAUCAUCAUAAAGGCAUACCAGAUACUCAUGGAAUGCUUAAUUCCGUUCAUGGUAAAGAUGCUGAUACUUUAGCUAUGCUUCAUGCAACUGCAGAUUUAUGCUUAGCUCAACAAUCUCAUUCCCAUUCACAUCAUUCACAGCAUGGUACUCACCACCAUCAUCAACAAUUGCAACAAGAGGAUAUUACUGCUAUGGUCAAUAGAUGCCAUCCGUCAUUACUUGAUAACUACCACACGAUGCAUCAUUUGAAACAGGAACCGAGUGGUUACACGCCCUCGAAUCAUCCAUUUUCAAUUACUCGGCUUCUCCCCACCGAAUCGAAAGCUGAUAUUAAAAUGUAUGAAAUGAGUCAAUAUGCUGGGUAUAACGGUCUCAGCCCAUUGCCGAAUUCACAUGCUGCUGCUGCGUUAGGGCAGGAUUCGUAUUAUCAAAGCUUAGGAUAUCAUCCAUCAACUGGCACUACAAGCUUGUGA